UAACGCAAACCUAUCCAUCUCUUCUUUCUAAAACAUUUUCCACAAAACUACACUCACUCCCAGAAAAGAGAGAGAGAGAUAGACAGAUAGCUAUGUCUUUUGCUUAUUGUGCUAAAGAGAAGAAGCCUUGUGUGCGUUGGGUUGAGAAGUAUUUCAAAGACUGCCUCUGCAAUCUCAAGGAUGAGUUCUCUUUCGGCUUUGGGAUUAUUAGUCUAGUCUGUUGGGGAGUUGCAGAGAUCCCUCAAAUCAUCACUAACUUCCGCACAAAGUCUAGCCAUGGAGUUUCUUUAAUGUUUCUCCUUACUUGGGUUGCCGGAGAUGUUUUUAAUCUGGUGGGUUGCCUUCUUGAGCCGGCAACGUUGCCAACGCAGUACUACACAGCUCUGCUCUACACGAUAAGUACUAUAGUGUUGGUGCUGCAAGGCGUGUACUACGAUCACAUUUACAAAAGCUGGAAAUCCAGACAGAUCAAAGCUAAACAAGGGGAUAAAGAUGAGAAAGAGCCUUUAAAACCCAAGUCAGCUGACACAGGCAUCCCCAUUCCCAGGGCUGAAAUAAAAGCAUCUUCUCGAAGAGAGUAUUACUACACAUCUGCUAGAUCUUUGGCUAGCAGUGGUACUCCGCCCUUUCGAAAUUAUCUGAGAGUAGCCCAAAGUGGGCCUUCAGCUUUGGGUCUUGGCGACGAUUCAUCAUCUGAUGAUGAAGCCUACAUGGAUUCAUAUAAGACUCCCUCUGUUAGCCAGCCCAGGCCCAUUCCAAGAUCAGCUGGAUAUGGAACAUUUCUUGCUGCAUCCCUUUAUCUCCCGACGCAAGGCAAGGCCUUGACAGAAACAAUCACGGGGUUUAACUCAAGAAGAGUCUUGAAUGGAAGUAGUAUGGAGCACAGUGUCUUUGGACAGUGGCUGGGAUGGCUGAUGGCUGCCAUAUACAUGGGCGGUCGACUGCCUCAAAUAUGGCUGAAUAUUAAAAGGGGGAGUGUGGAGGGCUUGAAUCCUCUCAUGUUCUUAUUUGCACUGGUGGCCAAUGUCACUUACGUUUUAAGUAUUCUUGUGAGAAACACUAAAUGGGAAAAUAUAAAAGCCAAUCUGCCAUGGUUGCUGGAUGCCAUUGUCUGUGUGGCGUUGGACUUAUUUAUCAUUCUGCAGUACAUUUAUUACAGAUACUUCAGAAAGAAAUCUACAAGUUAUGGAGAAGACAUCUAUGGAGAUUACGGGGAUGCAACUAAAGCAACUGUAGCUUGAUUGCUUCUUGGAUAUUCUGUCAAUAAUUUAUUAAGUUGAGAACUAUGAAGACCACCUCUAUUUAUUUAAUCUAUUAAGGUCUUGCCAUUCAGUUUUGUAGAAGCUCACUUGAAGCGUAAAUUAGUGGAAGAUUUGUGGUGUAGUUCAACUUUUGAUGGAGAGCUUCUGGGUAGUUUGGAAUUAUUUAUAUGGAUUGAUUAUGAAUUGAGACAUAGCAAAUAUGGAUUGAUUAUGUUCUUGUAAUUAAAUUAUUGCCCAUCAUAUGGACUGAUUAUGACUUCUUUUGUACA